GAUCCCUCUCUCCAUCUCUCUCAUGGAGUCUCUCUCCAUACCCCUCUCAUCUUCUCCACCUUUUUCAAAGAACCCUAAAACCCACAAAAUCACAACCCCCAAACCCUAUUUUCUUUUCCCCAAUUGCAAUUUAAUCCCCAAUUCCAUCCAAUCCCUCUCCAAUUUCAUCAAGAAAACCCCCAAAUCAUCCAUCACCACCACCCUUAAACCCAAUCUCCAAUCUCUCUCUUUCCUUUUUGUGGGUUUUCCAUUUCCCCUUUCUUCAUUUGCCUCUGAAUCUGCUUCUAUUGAACUACCCACUAACCAAUCGUCUAGCAAAAUCAACCUAGAGGCGAUUGUGGUUUCCAUUGACGAUUUCUUCAACAGAUACCCAUUUUUUGUUGCUGGGGUUGUUUUCAUUUGGUUGUUUGUUAUCCCUGUGAGUCAAGGAUACCUGCGAAAGUACAAACCCAUAUCCGCCAUUGAUGCUUUCAAGAAGCUUAAGGAGGACCCAAAUGCUCAGCUUUUAGAUAUCAGGGAUAACAAGACGGUUCGGGUUCUGGGUUCGCCGAAUUUGAAGAUAUUGAAUAAGAAGGCUGUGCAGGUUGAGUUUAGUGAUGGAGAUGAUGAGGGUUUUGCGAAGAAAGUGAAGGAGAAUUUCGGAGAUCCUGCAAAUACCACCAUUUGUAUUCUUGACAAUUUUGAUGGUGACUCCAUGAAAGUGGCCGAGUUAUUGUUCAACAAUGGGUUUAAAGAGGCUUAUGCCAUCCGUGGCGGGGUUAGAGGCGACAACGGGUGGCAGGAAAUACAAGAAACGCUUCUUCCGCCAUCCGUACACGUAUUCCCCAAAACGGGAGUCAAAAAGUCAAACAACAACGGAAGUGUUGGCAAACAAAGUGAAGCCAAGAGCGAGCCGACUUUUUUAGAUAGCAAACAAACGAACAAUGGCUAUGUCGACACGUCUACGAAACCAAACACAAGCGUACGACCAUCGUCUCCAUACUCGAUGUACCCCGAUAUGAAACCGCCAUCCUCUCCAACGCCAUCGAAGCCUCAAUAAAGAGACGGGCUCAUCCAUGCAAAGACUCAUUUUGUACUCACCGAGUCAACUCAUUGUGUUUCUUUUUAUUCUUUCAUAGACUGCGGCAUCGAUAUCUUUUGGAAAUGAUUGACUUGGACGAUUUGAUAGGACUAGAAGGGUACUCGUGCAAUGUAUCGAGACACAUCUUGA